GCUCCCACCUACCUCUAUUUAUUUUGAGAGAGGAGAGACAGAGAGAGAGAGAGUUGCGGCAAUGGAAGAAGCAAAGGGAGUGGUAAAGCAUGUAUUGCUAGCAAAGUUCAAAGAGGGAAUCCCAGAUGACCAGAUCGAACAACUUAUCAAGGGCUAUGCCAAUCUCGUCAAUCUGAUUCCACCCAUGAAAUCCUUCCACUGGGGAAAAGAUGUGAGCUUUGAGAACCUGCAUCAGGGGUUCACUCACAUAUUUGAGUCAACCUUUGAGACCACAGAGGGUGUUGCUGAGUAUGUAGCUCAUCCAGCCCAUGUCGAAUUUGCAAAUGUGUUCCUUUCAGUCUUAGACAAAGUUGUCGUUUUUGACUACAAACCCACCACAGUUCUUCCCUAAAAAUCUCUGGUGGAUGGCUUGAUGAUGAUGAUGAUGAUGUUGCUCUAAUACUUUUGAUUUUUCAAUAAUGGAAAGUGAAUGUUAUCUUGGUGCCUUUUUGUAUUUCCGGUUGAUAUGAAUGCCAUUUGAGUUGUGCUUCCUUCUCUUGAUUUAAUUUUACUAAAUAAAAUCCAAUUUUCUUCGUAUAA